AUGGUGGGCACUGACAAGAAUCAGAGUACUGCCAUCAUGUUCAUCCUCUUGGGAUUCUCUGAAUAGUCAGAGUUUGAGAUGCCCCUCUUUCUAUUAUUCUUCAUUAUCUAUGGAAUCACUGUGGUGGAGAAUAUGAGCAUUAUUGUGAUCAUCAGAAUCAAACCUAAACUCCAUAGCCCCAUGUACUUUUUCCUUAAGCACUUGUCCUUUGUGGAUUUCUGUUAUUGCAGUAUAGUUACACCAAAAUUACUAGAGAACUUAGUUGUAGAAGACAGAAGUAUCUCCAUCAAAGGCUGCAUCACACAGUUUUUCUUUGGUGUCACCUGUUUGGUGACAGAGAUGGUCAUGUUGGCAGUAAUGGCACAUGACUGCUUUUUUGCUGUAUGUUAUCCUUUGCUCUAUACAGUUUCCAUGUCCCCAAAACACUGUGCCCUGCUAGUGACUGUAGCAUAUGCGUGGGGCAUAACUUCUAUUGUACUCACCUCCUCACUUCUUAUAUUGUCACUUUGUGAGACCAAAAUCAUUAAUAACUUUACAUGUGAAUAUUCUGUCAUCCUCUCUGCUUCCUGUUCUGACAAACACUUCAAUGAGAUAAUCCUUUUUAUAUUUGCAAAUCUCAAUGUAUUUUGUACCCUCAUCAUUAUUCUAACAUCCUGUCUUUUGAUUUUUGUCACUAUCCUCAAAAUGCAUUCAGCCACAGGGAGAUAUAAAGCUUUCUCCACUUGUGUCUCCCACUUGACAGUUGUUACCAUCUUUUAUGGUACCAUUCUCGUUCUCUAUUGUAUUCCCAGUACCAAUAACUCAUGGCUUAUAGUCAAAAUGGGAUCUGUUUUUUAUGCUGUCGUGAUUCCUAUGCUAAAUCCUUUAAUAUACAGUCUAAGAAACAAAGAUGUGAAGGAAACCUUAAAGAAAUUAAUGCACCUCAAUAUAAUUUCAUAA